AUGCCGCUGGUGAAGAGGAACAUCGAGCCCCGGCACCUCUGCCGGGGAGCCCUUCCCGAGGGGGUGACGAGUGAGCUGGAGUGUGUCACCAACAGCACGCUGGCUGCCAUCAUCAAGCAGCUGGGCAGCCUCAGCAGACACGCCGAGGACAUCUUUGGUGAGCUGUUCAACGAAGCCAACAGUUUCUACAUGAGGAUGAACUCGCUGCAGGAGAGGGUGGACCUGCUGGUCAUCAAGGUGACGCAGCUGGACUCCACCGUGGAGGAAGUGUCACUGCAGGACAUCAACAUGAGGAAAGCCUUCAAGAGCUCCACGGUGCAGAACCAGCAAGUGGUGUCCCGCAACUCCAUCCCCAACCCUGUGAUGGAGAUGUACCAGCGCUGCGACAAGCCCCCGCCGCUCAACAUCCUCACCCCCUACAGGGAUGACAAAAAGGACGGCCUCAAGUUCUAUACCGACCCCUCCUACUUCUUCAACUUAUGGAAGGAGAAAAUGUUGCAGGCGACAGAAGAUAAGAGGAAGGAGAAGCGCAGGCAGAAGGAGCAGCGGCUGGUGGAGGACUCCACCCGGGAGGUGAAGAAAGUGAGGAAAGCCCGAAACCGGCGCCUGGAGUGGAACAUGAUGGCGUAUGACAAAGAGUUCCGACCCGAUAACAGGUUCUCACCAUCCCCCUAUCACAUGGCGUCAUCGGAAGGAUCACUGUCCCCAGAUAAUAG